CCGACUUGAGUCCUCCACCCGUCCGUCGUCGUCAACACCAUGCGCGAGAUCGUCCACCUCCAGACCGGCCAGUGCGGCAACCAAAUCGGUACCCGCUUCUGGGAGACCGUUUCGGAUGAACAUGGCAUCGAGCGCGAUGGCGUCUACCGCGGCAACAGCGACCUCCAGCUCGAACGCGUGAACGUGUACUACAAUGAGGUCGGCUCCAACAAGUACGUCCCCCGUGCCGUCCUCGUCGACCUCGAGCCCGGUACCAUGGACUCCAUCCGCUCUGGCCCGCUCGGAAACCUGUUCCGCCCCGACAACCUUGUCUUCGGCCAGAGCGGCGCGGGCAACAACUGGGCGAAGGGCCAUUAUACCGAGGGUGCCGAGCUUGUCGACUCGGUUUUGGACGUCGUCCGCAAGGAGGCUGAGGGCUGUGACGCUCUCCAGGGCUUCCAGAUCACCCACUCCCUUGGCGGUGGUACCGGUGCCGGCAUGGGCACGCUGCUCAUCUCCAAGAUCCGCGAGGAGUACCCCGAUCGCAUGAUGUGCACGUACUCGGUCGUGCCCUCGCCCAAGGUCUCCGACACCGUCGUCGAGCCCUACAACGCGACGCUCUCCGUCCACCAGCUCGUCGAAAACUCGGAUGAGACGUUCUGCAUCGACAACGAGGCGCUCUACGACAUCUGCUUCCGCACCCUCAAGCUAUCCAUGCCGACCUACGACGACCUCAACAACCUCGUCUCGGUCGUCAUGUCUGGCAUCACGACCUGCCUCCGCUUCCCCGGCCAGCUCAACUCGGAUCUCCGCAAGCUCGCCGUCAACAUGGUUCCCUUCCCCCGUCUUCACUUCUUCAUGACCGGCUUCGCGCCGCUCACCGCCCGAGGCAGCGCCCAAUACCGGGCCAUCUCCGUACCCGAGCUCACCCAGCAGAUGUUCGACGCGAAGAACAUGAUGGCCGCCUCCGACCCGCGGCACGGGCGGUACCUCACCGUCGCCGCCAUCUUCCGCGGCAAGGUCUCGAUGAAGGAGGUCGAGGAGCAGAUGCAGAACGUGCAGAACAAGAACUCGGCCUACUUCGUCGAGUGGAUCCCGAACAACGUCCUCACCGCGCAGUGCGACAUCCCGCCGCGCGGGAUGAAGAUCGCCGUCACCUUCCUCGGCAACUCGACCGCCAUCCAGGAGCUGUUCAAGCGCGUCUCCGACCAGUUCACGGCCAUGUUCAAGCGCAAGGCUUUCUUGCAUUGGUACACCCAGGAGGGCAUGGACGAGAUGGAGUUCACCGAGGCCGAGUCCAACAUGCAGGACCUGGUCGCCGAGUACCAGCAGUACCAGGACGCCACCGCCGAAGAUGAGGGCGAAUACGAGGAGGAGGUUCUCGAGGAGGAGCAGUAGAUGUGCAGAUUUCAUUCAUUUGCUCAUAUAUCCUGGAUUCGUUGACGUUUGGAGUAUUGUACAUGAAUGCCAUCAUGAUUAAUCGUACUACAUAUGCGC